CCUGGAUGUGAUCAAUCUACUCUUCCAACUGAAACUGCAGUACUCGAACAGUCAGAACAUACUCCACAGUAACCGCUCGAAUAUCUGCUCGUUCCAAAGGGUAGUGCCUCGCCCCAGAAACCUCUUUCAACCAUGGCUCCUCCAGUACAUUACUUGAUGCCCAUUUUCCCCGGCUUCCAACUUCUCGAUUUGACUGGACCUUUGGAUAUCCUCAAUACUCACUCCACCUCCUCAGGUAACCUCGAGAUUUCACUCAAGCUGAUCGCGGAGACACUGGAUCCGGUUCCCACAAAGCCAAUCGUACCGCGAUCCGUAAACUGGUCGUUUGACUUGCAGGGAGGCUACCCAGAUACUGGAGGCAAAGUCAACACAGCUUUCAACCAGUAUCUGCAGCCAGACACCACAUAUGCGGAAUAUCUCAAAGCCAUCGACGGGCCAGACAGGCCUCCACCUGUCGAUGUGUUGCUCAUUCCAGGUGGAGUAGGAACACGGCUUGAGCGCAUUCAUCCUGAUGGAACCAAGACCUCAAACAUUCAGAGCCUCAUCGACUUCGUCCCGAAGAUUGCGCCACAAAUUCGCACCGCCAUUAUCACAGUUUGUACUGGUUCCUAUGCACUCGCGCUGACUGGCCUGCUAAACCAUCGCCGAGCGACCACCAACAUGUCUCGUUUUGACACCGUUGCCAAAAGCAACCCUCAGGUUCACUGGCAGCAUGCUGCGAGGUGGGUCCGCAGUCUGCCCUCUGAGUCCAAGGGUUCCGUUCCCAUCGAAAUCUGGACGUCGGCUGGUAUCAGUGCCGGAAUGGAUGUGACUCUGGCUUUUAUCGCUCACCAUUAUGGAGGGCAAGAUGUGGCAAGGAGAUUGGCCAAAGCGCUGGAGUACGACUGGAGAGAGGUCGCAGAGGGAGAUAAAGAUCCUCUAUAUGAAAAGCACUAUACUGUGUGAACAUCGGUGGCCGUAGCAAGAGUGUACACUCUGCCGUUACAGAGUAGACAGGCGCGGGCAUAGGUUGCGAAGGGGUUGUCCGGCCUUAUGC